GGCCCCGGUGAGGGAGGAGAAGGCCGGCCCGGCCCGGCCCGGUCCGUCCGGCCCGCCCUCUCGUCCGCCUCAGAGUCCGCCAUCAUGGGGAAAAUCAACGUGGCGAAGCUGCGCUACCUGAGCCGCGAAGACUUCCGGGUGCUGACGGCGGUUGAAAUGGGUAUGAAGAACCAUGAAAUAGUCCCUUGCAGUCUAAUUGCCUCCAUAGCUAGUCUGAAGCAUGGUGGAUGUAAUAAAAUUUUGAGAGAGCUGGUGAAACACAGACUCAUAGCUUAUGAGCGUACCAAAACUGUCCAGGGCUACCGGCUGACAAACGGAGGUUAUGAUUACCUGGCAUUGAAAACACUUUCUUCUCGACAAGUGGUUAACUCUGUUGGAAAUCAGAUGGGUGUAGGCAAAGAAUCAGAUAUUUACAUUGUUGCAAAUGAAGAGGAGAAACAGUUUGCAUUAAAACUUCACAGGCUAGGAAGGACAUCGUUUCGUAAUCUCAAAAACAAGCGCGACUACCACAAACACAGGCAUAAGAUGUCUUGGCUUUACUUAUCCCGGUUGUCUGCCAUGAAGGAAUUCGCGUACAUGAAGGCCCUGUAUGAGAGAAAAUUCCCAGUUCCAAAGCCAAUUGACUACAACCGGCACGCUGUAGUUAUGGAGCUCAUCAGUGGCUAUCCUCUGUGUCAGGUGCAUCAAAUUGAAGAUCCUGCCUCUGUGUACAAUGAAUCGAUGGAAUUGAUUGUUAAGCUCGCUAAUCACGGGUUGAUUCACGGUGAUUUUAAUGAGUUCAAUCUCAUUCUGGACAAUGAAGACCACAUCACCAUGAUUGACUUCCCACAAAUGGUGUCAACAUCUCAUCCAAAUGCUGAAUGGUAUUUUGACAGGGAUGUGAAAUGCAUUAGAGAUUUCUUCAUCAAACGUUUCAACUAUGAAAGUGAACUCUAUCCAACCUUUGGGGAUAUCAGAAGGGAGAAUUCCCUUGAUGUGGAAAUCGCUGCCAGUGGAUACACGAAGGAAAUGCAGGCCGAUGACGAGCUGCUCCAUCCCGCGGGCCCCGCCGACGAGACCCUCGACGAAGACGUUGAAAGGCCUCCCUCGGGCGGCACGCCGGCAGAAAAAGCCCAACUCUGUCACUCCGAACCAGAAAGCGGAACAGACUACUCCAGUGAAUCAGGAGACGACUCUGACGCCGAGUCCACGAGAGACUCUGAGCAAACAGACGAAGGGGUAGGGGAAGAUGUAGGGUUGUCCUCUGGAAUGAGGCAGCGGCAAACGGGUGGAGGGGAAGAGAUCCAUCGUCUGAAGUGUCGUGGGACGGGUUUUCCAGAGGGUGAAAAUGAACCUGAAGAUGCCACGAAGAUAGACGAUCAAGCGGGUCGAGAAGCCCUUGCUGUCUCUGAGGAACCGGAAGAUGAAUGCCCUGAUCUGGUUGACUUGUCGGCAUUUAACAAAGAAUUCAGGCCUUUCAGGGAUGAAAACAGUUUGGUGCAUGUCAAUCAACACAGAACAAGAACGCAGAGUGUCACUUCCAUGGGCAGUGUUGGAAGCUGUUCAACAAUUCCCCCGGAACUGGUGAAACAGAAGGUGAAACGUCAGCUGACGAAACAGCAAAAGGCUACUACCCGACGGAGGCUCCAGAAAGGAGAGGCAAACAUUUUCACUAAGCAACGGCGAGAAAACUUGCAUAAUAUUAAAUCAAGCUUGGAAGCAGCUAGUUUCUGGGGUUGACAUGCUUUCAUUUAGAAAAGAAUGCACUGUUGUAAACCAUUUUCCCCAUUAAAUCUGGAAUGCAUUUAUCAAAUCAAUCAAUAAAUACCUUUCUU